GCCGCGGACCUUGGUUCCGGGGCGCACGAGGCCGGCGCUGUCUGCCCGUGAGUCUGUGCACGGUUGGGGAGGCGGAGAGACGGUUGGGUCGCCGUUGGGGAAGACCGUUUCCGAUCCGAGCCGUUCCCGCGGCCCCGUGCGUCAUGGACUACCGGCGGGUGCUGAUGAGCAGAGUGGUCCCCGGGCAAUUCGACGACGCGGACUCUUCCGACAGUGAAAACAAAGAUUUGAACAGAGUCGAAGCAGAAGAUGACAUUUUGUUUGAAAACCUUCAACAUCGUGUGACAGUCAGGAAUGGCGAAGGUGAGAUGGAGGAGGAGGAGGACUUCGAUGAUGACGACGGUGACUGGGACUGGGAUGACGGAGCUGGUAAACUCACCAAGGGCUGCGCCUGGCAUGGAGGGAGCAACUCACAGGCAAAUCGACAGACUUCUAACUACAAUUCAAGCAAAAUGUCUACUCCAACUGACAAAGUCUUAAGAAAAUUUGAAAAUAAAAUCAAUCUAGAUAAGCUCAAUGUUACUGAUUCUGUCAUUAAUAAAGUCACCGAAAAAUCUAGACAAAAAGAAGCAGAUAUGUAUCGCAUUAAAGAUAAGGCCGACCGAGCCACCGUAGAGCAGGUUUUGGACCCCAGAACAAGAAUGAUUUUAUUCAAGAUGUUGACUAGAGGAAUCAUAUCAGAGAUAAAUGGCUGCAUCAGCACAGGAAAAGAGGCUAAUGUAUACCAUGCUAGCACAGCAGAUGGACAGAGCAGAGCAAUCAAAAUUUAUAAAACUUCUAUUUUGGUGUUCAAAGAUCGGGAUAAAUAUGUGACUGGGGAAUUCAGAUUUCGUCAUGGCUAUUGUAAAGGAAACCCUAGAAAAAUGGUGAAAACUUGGGCAGAAAAGGAAAUGAGGAACUUAAUCAGGCUGAACACAGCAGCGAUUCCCUGUCCAGAACCAGUAAUGCUAAGGAGUCACGUUCUUGUCAUGGGUUUCAUUGGCAAAGAUGACGUGCCCGCACCACUAUUGAAAAAUGUCCAGUUGUCAGAAUCCAAGGCUCGGGAAUUGUAUCUGCAGGUCAUUCAGUACAUGAGACGGAUGUAUCAGGAUGCCAGGCUGGUCCAUGCUGAUCUCAGUGAAUUUAACAUGCUGUACCAUGCUGGAGAUGUGUACGUUAUUGACGUGUCUCAGUCAGUGGAACAUGACCACCCACAUGCUCUGGAGUUCUUGAGAAAAGACUGUGUCAAUGUCAAUGGUUUCUUUCAGAAGCACGCUGUCGCCGUCAUGACUGUGCGAGAGCUCUUCGACUUUGUCACCGACCCUUCCAUCACGCGUGACAACAUGGACGCUUAUCUCUCACAGGCCAUGGAAAUAGCAUCUCAACGGACCAAGGAGGAAAGGUCAAGCCAAGAUCAUGUGGAUGAAGAGGUGUUCAAGCGAGCAUAUAUUCCUAGAACCUUGAAUGAAGUAAAAAAUUAUGAGAGGGACGUGGAUAUCAUGAUGAAAUUGAAGGAGGACGACAUGGCCAUGAACGCUCAACAAGACAAUAUUCUAUACCAGACUGUCACAGGAUUGAAAAAAGAUUUGUCAGGAGUUCAAAAGGUACCUGCGCUCCUAGAACAUAAAGUUAAGGAUUCUGAUUCAGAAGAUGCCGGAAGCUCUGAGUGCUCUGAUUCCGAUGCUGAGGAACAGGGAGAGCGUGCCCAGUGUACAAAAAACACGCCUGGCCCCGACACCGAUAAAAAGGAAAGAAAAAAGAUGGUCAAGGAAGCCCAGAGAGAGAAGAGGAAAAACAAAAUCCCUAAACACGUGAAGAAAAGAAAGGAGAAAACAGCAAAGACCAAAAAAGGCAAAUAGAAUGAGAGCUGGGCGGAAGUCGCCCUCAAGUGGCAGCUGGAAAGCGGCUUCCUGUGGCGCUGCGUGUGAGGACCGAUGUGGAGCGCCACGCGAUUGUGUCGAAAGCCACACACCCCAGAGCUUCGUGCACACAUCCAGUCACUGAGUGGUGUAGGUUUUAUUUAAGGUACUAUGUUAAUGAAGAAUUCUGUACAUUUUUAUUUUUGUAUUUUUUUCUCCUGCAAACAGAAGCAAAGCAUCAGUAAUAUUUAAAUGUGAUGGACAUCCAUUACCUCUGCGUGAGUGUGAAGGUACUUUGGAUAAAACGUGGGUCAAUCACUUUGCUUUCUCUGUGCAUGCCAAAGUCACGUCCCCUGAUUGGAAGGCCGUGUUAACAGAAGGGGAGUGUGCGCUCAGAAGAGGCGUCUCUGGGGCGCUGUUUGCGUGAGCCCCCGUGCCUGUGGGGUCGCACCCCGCUCGCCUGCGCUGUGAGGCGCGGUUCUCGGUUCUUGAGCUGCUUCUCCCUCGGCCACUGCUGUGUUUGUCGUCGCGCAGGUGUUGGAAGGGCUGGGCGCCGGCAGAGCACGAACAUGACGUGACUUCUGUGGGUUCUGUGUAUUCGUGUAAGGACAUGGGACGCUGACAGAAGUAAAAUUGUACCGGGGUUUAUGGAGAGAAAUACUGCGAAGCAAGAGUGCCUGCAGAGACGGCAGCUGUGACAUGAAGUACUUUUUCUCUUAGGCCGCCCGGCGGUGUUACUUGAGGAAAUAGCUGGAGAAGCCAAGUCGUGCAAGGCCUCCUGCACACUGAGGAGCCGUGCAGGAUUGUGAGCUCACGCUGGCCCGGUACUUAGCAACACCCUGUCUCAGAAGACAGGCAGGCACCGCAGGCAGGCAAACGGCCGAGCGGUGCGCAUGUCGAGGAAGCUCACUCCUGGCAAAGCCGGGCUGAGUGGCCAAAUGCGCUCUGGAGCAGCGCAAGAAAUCGGUUGUGAGCAGAGGGGCGAUAUGACCACACUUCUCUUUUAAAAGCCUUGCUCUGGCAUCCGGAGAAGUGGCCAGGAAGCAAAGGUGGGGGGUGAAAUUGUGUGUGCGUUGUCAGGUCAGGUGAGAGACGCUGGUGGCUUGGCCUGGGUUGCCCGCAGUGGAUAUGGAGAGAAGCGCUUGCUCAGGCUCCGCAGCAGGCGAGGAGGAGCAGAGUGACUCCAGCGUCGGCGACUCAGAAGCUCCUGAGGUCCCUGGAGUGGGAAUGGACACGGUGUGGGUGGAAUGGGGUUGGUAUAGGAAAGAGGAGUCUCCAAGUAUAGAAAGGAAUUACUGGGUGCUUUUUUUAAAAUACCAUAGUCUUUAUAUUAGAAAUGGUUGUUUUAACUAUUGCAUUCAGAAAGUAUCCCUAUAUGAAAACCUUUCAUUUCCAUGUAAACUGAAAUUUGUUUUUCCUUGUUUGAUGGUGGUUAUAAGGGUGAAAUAACUGAGCUUUGAAAACUGUAAGUUUGAUUUGCUGUGUUUAAACUAUCAUCCCUUCCUCCCUCCCUGACUUUAAAGCUGCGCGCGCGGAGGGCAGUUUCCGCGGGCUGCGCUGCUGAGAGCAGAAGCAGGCUCGCAGGCCUGUGCCGUGUGCGAGGCCCGAGGAGCAGACCGCUCUCCUUCCACCGCGGCUGGGAAGGAGCUGCUCCAAAGCGUCAGGACCUGCAGCUGCAGAGCCGUCUAAGCCAAGAAGCACUGACCGGCUCCCGCCCCUUGCUGCUGCGGCUUCCAUUUGGGUUCUGGACUAGACAGCUGUUCACUGAGGUCUAGGCCCUGGCCGUGAUCUGGCCAGACUUGUCUCAAGCUAGUGUAUUAGUUACUGUACUCGUCACUGUAACUGCUCACGUGCUAAGGGGAGUAGCGGAGGAGAGCUGUUGGGUUUGGGUUGCGGGGAGAGCACGAGCCUGCUCGCUCACAUUUGGGAAGAUGAGGAGGAAGAGAGAGGAAUGUGGCUACCCACCAGGCUUUCUCCUGCUCCUCUUUGUCCUCAGUAACGUGUCUGCCCAUGGAGUGGUGCUGGCCAUGUUUAGAAUAGAUUUUUCCCUGCUCAGUAUGUCUCUGGGUAAUGCUGAAUGCAGUCAGGCUGAGAAUGAAGGUAAGCCGUUGCUGUCCAGUUCUCGCGUGCUCCCUCCUCAUCAGAAGGCUCCGCGUGGAGAGGUUAUUGUGGGGUUAUUGUGGCCCAGGGCUCCUCUGCUAUGAUUAUGUUGACUUGCGGUGGCCUGACAAGUUUCAUUGUUAAUGAAGUAUCCAUUGUACAGUAACUUUCCUUUGGAACCAUGAGGCUUUGGAUCAAGAGCUGGGGACAUAAUUCUGUUAAAUGUGUCUGAUAUUUAUCCUGUUUUGGUGGUUUUCUCGUCUUUCCAAACAACACUGUUUCUUUCCAAACAACACUGCGGAAUGGGUGAUGUCUUUGGAAGACAGACUCGCAGCUCUUCGCUGUAGUGCUAGCGUUUCCUGUGUUCUGUCAGAAAAGCCGACAGCCGCCCGCGUCUGACGGCACGUCGUCUUGGAGUGAGGAGACGGAAGUAGCGAAAAUCCGCGAGCUGUGGCUUCCUGCUGCUUGGCCUCAGAACUUGAUACAGUCAGGCUGUCGCAAAGCUGUGGUCGGCACCCAGAGGAGGGCUAGGAUGGCCGCUGCUUGGCUGAGGGCUUAUCGUGUGGUGCGGUUGUGAUUCCAGUAUUCUUUUGGCCCAUAAAAGGAGGAGAUGAAAUAAAGGGUUCCUUUCUAUAUGCUGGUAGAAGAACUACAACAACAACAAAUAAAUCCCUCAGGUUAAGGACCUAUCAAAUAUCAGACCCUGAAUGUCUUCUUUUUAAAAGACAAGCCCUUUUCAUUUUCGAAGGCUCGUGGCUUCUCAUCUUAAAUAAAGGCCUCAGUCGUAAGUGCUUUGCCACAGUUUCUGAGGUUUAUGUAUUGAUAAUGGAAGAGUUACAAGGAUCAGUAGAUCUGGCAGGUUCUCAGGGAUGGCUUGCUGAGAAGAUUUUCUUGUGAGACGGAGAGUAAGAGAAGAUCUCAUGUUCAGGGAUCCGCAGGUGCCCUCUGUAAGCUGUCCUUUGAACUGGGUCGGUGAUCCCAUUCAUUCCCUGCACUGUGGUGGAGUUCCGGACUUCCUGUCCUUGGACUGGUGGUACCUCCCACACACGGGCUUCUGCAGGAAACCAGGCCCCCAUACCGUCUCAGGUCGGACGAGUUAAGCCUACGGGAGGACUGUUACUUGCACCUCCAAACCUGUCAGCCCCGCUUGGUGGUCUUGAGGAAGCCUUUGAACUUGAAUUUGGAGAACUGACUCCAUUUGUGGAGUCUUGACCCUGGUGUUCAGGGCCGUCUCACGUUCUCUGCCACUCCACGUCCUCUGCUUUGACGCUCAUGGGUCGUGCUUCGGACGCUGUUGCCCAGGACAGCUAGACCGGCUGUACUCCACACUGUCCUUUUUCUUGAAGGUGUCUUCUGGCUUGUGAGCAGACUUGUCUCCAGAUCUCUGAGUAAGGCAUGUUUCCAUGUCCUGUACGGAUGCUUCUUAGGGCCAAUCAUCUUUGGGUGACUUUUCUUCUGAAUAUAGCUGUCUGGGGUGUCAUAUAAUUUGGUACUGCAAAGGCCCUUUGAGGCCAAAACAUUGCUAGCAUGCUUGUACAUAAAGGAAAAUCAGAAUAGGUCAGAGUGGGGUGUUUAAAGAUACAGUAUGACGUUUCCCUUGUUGGGGAGUGGCUGGGGACAGCUCAGACUCAGUGGAGUGGCAAAAAGCAUUGAAGAAGGAAAGGGCAGAGACAAAGGCGGGGUUGUGACAGAGUCAUCUCUGUUACGACAGGCAUGCUUUGAGAGUGCCAGGAGAGAUGGGCUUAAGGUCUGUAGAAGUCAGAGCAAGCAGACCAGGGAGCAGGUGCCUGCGGCAUGGAGGGCACGCGAGAGGCAGCUGACGAGGGCAUCCUCAGAGAAAUCAACGCCAAAGGGCUUCUUGCUGGUAUCUGGUCACGAGCUCUGAAGGAUCCCACAGGGAGGGGAGGAGGCAUUUAAGAAAUUUGAGGGAAGGUCUUCCUUCUUUGAGCUUAGGACAGACAGCUCCACGGCAGGGUCGAGUGUAUCAGGUUCCUCACGCCCUGACACUCAAGGAGAUGGUGCCUCCAUCACAGGAGGGGACCCUGCGGGGAGGACCGGGCCGCGGAUACCUGGCCCAGCUGCUCAUUCAUUAAAGCAGAACAGCCAGAUACCUGGAAAGUCUCACGCUCCCACCCCGGCCUUGAACCUACUUGGUGUAGUGUCUGGAUGUAACCCACAGUGUAGAGGCACAAGGUAGAUGAUUCUUGGGGCAUACAUUCUGUAAACCUGGAAUGAAGGAGGUGCCAUAAGGGAAAGUACAGGAGAGGGAACUGUUAGAAAAUGCCCUGGAGGUCCAGGUGCACAGUUUCCUGAUUUAGUCAGACCAGUUAUAAAUAUUGGGGUAAUUUUCUUUUCGCAUAUGAAGGAAAAUUAAAAAUAAACUAGGUAUGUGGUGAUGUUGGGGUUGCAUCUUUGAAAAUAUCGUUGUGAAGCUUGGAUUUUUUUUAAAUGGUCUUCCUCCUCGAAGUGGCGAUGAAGGAGACAGUCACCUGGCCAUUGUCACUGUAAGGCUGGGCUCCUGGGCCUGUGGGGACUUGCUGUACCAUUCUCGUCAUUUUUGUGGGUAAAAGCCUGAGAAGGCGCUUUGUGAGAAGGGUGAAGCAAGGCCAGGCAUGGUGGCACAUGCCUGCAAUGGUAGCACUCGAAAGGCGGGAGCAGGAGAUUGUGAGUUCAAGCUCAGCCUGGCUACCUGUGACACUUGACUUGUAAAAAUAUAUGGCAUUUGAGAUAAGGAAUGUUGAGUGCUUAAAACGGAGCCUUUCCUAACUACCACUUACACAAGUAUGUAUGGUUUUUGGUCUUGUUGGCUUUGUAAACAUAACUUCUCUUGCCUAGGCAUCAAGGUUUAACCAUGUGGGCUGGAAAGUCAGGUCAGUCGAGGCGGACGGUCGGUGUCUGCAGCCACUGGCUGAGUUGGGUGCCAUUCAUUUGAAAUGCCUUGUGUGGUUUGUACCCUAAGUGUCCGCCAAGGCCUCGCGUUAAACGCAUGGUCCCCAGCUGGUGGCCGACUUGAGCGGUUUGGAACCUUUAAGGCCUUGGGGCCUGGUGGAAGGAAGCUGGGUCUUGGGGACAAGCCUGUGAUGGAAUAGCAGGUUUCUUUCCUGUCUCUCCUUCCUGGUCUCCACGAGGCAAGCGGCCUCGCCGCACCACGUGUGCCCCAGGCUGACUCCUGAAGCCAGGAGCUAAGACGGGCAUCUCCUCUCUUGAGCUGUUGAUACCAGCUCAGUGCCAGGGAGCCCCACCAGCGGACAGCCCUGGAGAAUGUGUGUUGUGCAGAUGCUGUAACCCUGCCCGCACACACUGCUCCUCAGCUUAGAACCGUGCCACCCUCUGAUACUGUGCUACGUGCGCGUCCCCAGGCCGGCAGCUCCCGUGCUCUCCCCAGGGCUGCUCGCUCGGCCCACAAGCAGAGCAGCUGGCGCACUGACUGACACAGCUGGUGUGUAUCGGGUAUGUUUUGUCGGCUGCCAGCCUCAGACCAGAAUGUAAGCUCCGCAGGGGCAGGGGGUCCUCUUCGCUCCGUUCUCCAUUCCAGCCCCUCGAGUGUGCUUCCUAAGCAAAGAUAAGGCUGUCACGUCAGCAUGCAUCUUGUUCAUAAAUGCUAAUGGUCCGUGUGAGCUGAUGUGUACCCCCAUCCUGCUCGGUGGCCACUCGUCCUUGUUUUCCUGUGACUUGUGUGAGUCUGAGCUAGGACACUGCCCGGCUGUGCCUGCCUGAGAGCCUGCGGUGCUGGUAAGUGCUUGGCAUGGACAGUGUUCAAGCCAGUGGAAUGGGAGCAUUCUAAACUGGAUUGAGAUAACAGUAACGUGUUUAUUUUGCUCUUGUAAGACAGUUCACCAUCCUAAGGUGGAUUCACUAGUGACCCUUUCAUUGCAGUGCCUGCAUUGACAGUAUAGCAGACAGUCUGUUUACGCCUCCUCGCCACAUACAGUUGUCAAGGUUUAUUAGAAAGUGUGGUGAUUUGAAUCCCAUGUCCUCCCAAAAAGCUCACGUGUUCUGAAUGGUUGGUCCCCAGCUGGUACCCACUUGGGGGUUGGAGCCUUGUUGUAGGAGUUAGGUUUCUGGGGGCAGGCUUAGGGUGUCGUAGCCAAGCCUGCCCCAUCAGAGCCCAGCUCCCUGUCCGCUGCUGUUGUCCACCUGCCGUGGCAGGGGUGAUGACCAGCCUCUGUCAUGCCAGGCUUCCCCUGCCGCCAUGGAGCUUCCCCUCAAGACUGUAAGCCAAAAUAAACCCUGUGCUCUCA